AUGUCUUUAUCGUCCAGAUCGGGGUGGUCCGACACAAAACAAGACGGCGGCGAUUAUAAGGGCUUGGGAAAGACAAGCCAAAAAAAGGAUGAUGAACAAGUUAAUCAUAAAGAUCAAAAGGAAAAGGAAGAAGUCCUUGUGGAAACUGAAAAUGAAGAAACAUAUGAUGAAGAAGUUGGUGAUGAUGAAAAGAAUGACAACAGUGACCGAGAAAUACCAAGAACAGCUACAUGGUGGGAGAAUGUUAAGAAAUCAACUGGUUGCCCAAUAGAGAAAAAGAAUUCCAGGGAAGAGGAUGAUAAUGCAAAAGGCGAUGAAAAUAAGAACACUGACGAUGAUGAAGAUCAAAACACAGAAGAUGAUGAAGAGGAGAACGAUGAGAAUGAAUCUGCAAACCUCAAAUCAACUUCAAGGGUUAGGGUUUUGCUAAAAUCGUGA